ACUACUGUAAUGUAUUUUUACUUUUUCUUACUGAAAUGGAAAAUGAUUGGGACAGGAAAAAUCGCUGUGUGCUCUAAAACAAAAGUUUAAUUUGCGGACAAACGGGACCCCUGUUGGGGGAGGGUAAAAGUAGUCCCGGCGGGAAGGGUCAUGACUCCGGACGUCAGCGACCGGCGCGCAGUUCAGUUUGGCGGUUUAGCGUCUGCUGUGAGGGCGAAGCGGGAUGUGGUCGCGAAUGAAUCGAGCCGCUGAGGAGUUUUACACGCGUCUCCUGCAGGAAGUUGAUGAAGAAAAGAAAGGAAUCUGUAAAGAUCCUUUUAUCUAUGAGCCUUUAGAAAAGGAAGAGACAAGUCAUGUUGAAGAGCUACAAUCGGAAGAAACUGCUAUCUCUGAUUUCUCUACUGGUGAGAAUGUUGGACCACUUGCUUUACCAGUUGGAAGGGGAAGGCAGUUAAUCGGACUUUACACCAUGGCUCACAAUCCUAGUAUGACCCAUUUGAAGAUUAGUCGGCCAGUUACUGCCCUUCCUCCCCUUUGGGUAAGGUGUGACAGUUCAGAUCCUGAAGGGACCUGUUGGCUAGGAGCUGAGCCUAUCACAACCAACAACAGCAUUGCAGGAAUUGUCUUAUAUGUAGUCAGUUGUAAAGCUGAUAAAAAUUAUUCUGUAAAUCUUGAAGACUUAAAAAAUUCACAUAAGAAAAGACAUCACUUGUCUACUGUUACAGCCAGGGGCUUUGCCCAGUAUGAGCUCUUGAAGUCCACUGCCUUGGAUGACAUAGUUCCUGCGUCACAGACUACUGUCACUUUGGACAUUUCCUGGAGUCCUGUGGAUGAGAUUCUUCAAAUUCCUCCACUCUCUUCAAAUGCAACUCUGAAUAUUAAAGUGGAAUCAGGAGAUCCCAGAAGUCCUUUGAAUCACCUUCACAGAGAACUGAAAUUUCUCCUUGUUUUGGCUGAUGGUUUGAGGACUGGAGUUACGGAAUGGCCUGCACCUCUGGAAGUGAAACCUGCUGUUGAAGUUGUGCAGGAAUUCUUGAAUGACUUAAAUAAGCUGGAUGGAUUUGAUGGUUCUACAAAAAAAGACACAGAGACAGUGAAGCAUGACAGUGCUGCAUUUGAUCGUUCCAUCGAGUGUCUCUUUACAGUACGGUGUGAUCUCGAUUUUGUUGAGCAGCUGUGGUGCAAAAUGAGUAGUAGUGUGAUUUCAUAUCAAGACUUGGUGAAGUGUUUCACGUUGAUCAUCCAGAGUCUACAACGUGGUGAUAUACAGCCAUGGCUCCAUAGUGGAAGUAACAGUUUACUAAGUAAGCUCAUUUAUCAGUCUUACCAUGGAAUCAUGGACACAGUUUCUCUCAGUGGGACUAUUCCAGUUCAGAUGCUUUUGGAAAUUGGUUUGGACAAACUAAAGAAAGAUUACAUCAGUUUUUUCAUAGGUCAGGAACUUGCAUCUUUGAAUCAUCUGGAAUAUUUUAUUUCUCCAUCAGUAGAUAUACAAGAACAAGUUUAUCGUGUUCAAAAACUCCACCAUAUUCUAGAAAUAUUAGUCAGUUGCAAGCUUUUCAUUAAACCUCAACAUGAGCUCCUCUUUUCUUUAACACAAUCCUGUAUAAAAUAUUAUAAACAAAAUCCUCUUGAUGAGCAACACAUUUUUCAGCUGCCUGUCAGACCAACUGCUGUAAAAAACUUAUAUCAAAGUGAGAAGCCACAGAAAUGGAGAGUGGAAAUAAAUAGUGGUCAAAAAAAGGUGAAAACAGUUUGGCAACUGAGUGACAGUUCCCCUGUAGACCAUCUGAAUUGCCACAAACCUGAUUUUUCUGAUUUAACAUUAAACAGUAGCCUGGAAGAAAGGAUACCCUAUACUAACAUGGUUACCUGUAGCCAGGUGCAUUUCAAGUGAAGUGUGCUGAUGGGGAUCCUCUGUCAGCAUAAGCCCAAAAAAAGAAAAAAGAAAAGUAAUUAUUACAGACCCUGAAAACAGAAAUGUGUUUAAACCUUCAAAGCCGAAAAAGGA